AUGAGCAGCCGGCUGUGGAAGGCCUACUACGAAGACGAUGUCGAUAUCUUUCGGCAAUUGCUCUUUCAAACCCCGGUCUACAACACCAGACCGGGCGCGGGAAGAGGUGGCAAUGCGUCGGCCAUCAUAGGCAGUCCGGCUCAGUUUGGCACAUCGCCUGUCAUUAUGAAGGGCCGGAGGAAUGGUUCGACAACACCUGGCAGCGGAGCGCAUCACGGCAGUGCUUUGACGAAAGCGGACAUCAACUGGCGUGACUCGGCUGGGCUCACGUUGCUGCAUCAUGCUGCAUCCUCAAGUGCUGAGCAUGCAUAUGACUUUGCAGCCGCGUUGGUCGAGCAUCCACAUAUCGAUCUGUACAUACAAGACGUGGAGAAUGCUUGGACGGCCCUGCACCGUGCCUUCUACUUUGGCAACGUCAGUGUUGCUCGGCUCAUGCUGGAGCGGGAUGCUGCCGAUGCGCUUGGCAAGACCACCGGACAUGUGCAUCAGACGAUUGGUCUGAUCAAGGUCAAGGACAAGGAAGGGCAUGGUCCGCUCGACUCGUAUGGCGCUACUAUCAAGGAUCGCACGUUGCGACCUGAUAUGGCUUCACGUCCACGCACCGGCUCAAACGGAAGCGACGACGAUCGACCAGUCAUGAUUGGUGAUGAAGAAGAAAGCAGCGACAAAGUACAGAUCCACUACCAUGAUAUCAAUGGCGACCAGCUGUUCACCUUUGGCAGCAACCAAAAUGUUACCUUGGGCUUCGGGGAUGAGGACGAUCGUCAAUAUCCUGAGCGCAUCACACUACGACGACCUGGGCACUUGAUUAGGCGCUUCUAUCAAGAGCACUUGCAAGAGCACAAUCGGAAGUGGUCAUCCCACGAACCUUCCUUCCAGCCGAAAUCAGCGCCGCCAUCUGGUUGGCUGGACGAUCUACCGUUCCUCGUGCGCAGCAAACCCUUGAUUAUACAGGAAGUUUUCAUGUCCAAGCUGUCGACUGCGGUCCUCACCACCGAUCCUGUGGCCAAUCUGUAUAUGUGCGGACAUGGUCAAGGCGGCCGACUCGGUCUCGGUGACGAGCAGACGCGCUUCAAUCUUGUCUGCGUCGAGGGUGGCGCUCUUGCCGGCAAGCGCGCGGCAACUGUUGCUCUUGGUCAGAACCACACAAUUGCACUGUCCGACGAAGGCGAAAUCUUCAGCUGGGGCAAUAAUGGCUACGGUCAGCUUGGCUACAGCUUGCCGAAGAGCACGACUAGCGAUGAAGAUCCGAUCAGUACCAUACCAAGGCAGCUGUUCGGCAUACUCAAACGUGAGAUGGUAGUCGGCAUCGCUGCCUCGCGUAUACACUCUGUGGCUUACACAUCAUCUUCGCUAUACACUUUCGGCAAGAACGAUGGACAGCUCGGCAUCAUGGACUCCGAUGCACGCUCACUUGAGAUGCAAGAUACGCCUCGCAAGGUCGCAGCGUCGCUGUUUGCUUCGCCCAUCCAGAGCGUUUGUGCCAUCGACAAAGCUACUGUCUGCUUGCUCGAAAGCCACGAGGUCUUCGUAUUUGCAAACUACGGAUACGCCAAGGUACAGUUUCCCCUCGAAGGCUUCAGUAACUAUUUCCUCAAACAGAGCUUUCUCGUCACAACCUACGACAGUGCGCCGAACAGGAUCGUCAAGCUUACUGGUGGUGGUGACACUAUCUGCGCCUUGUCAAGUCGUGGCGAUGUCUUCACCCUGGCCAUCAACCAGCAGCUUAACAGCAAGUCCAGUGCCUCGACCACUAAUCCUGCCAAGAUACGUAGUGCGAUCACGCACCCACAACGUAUCUGGUCGCCCAAAAAGACGAACAUGAACGCUCGCGACGUUGGCGUUGACGCAGAUGGCUCGAUCAUUUUAUCUACGGAAGAAGGCAGUGUCUGGCGACGAAGUAAUCGAGCUAAUGCCAAAAGCACAACUGCCUCCACCACAACCGAAUACAAGCCCAAGGACUACAAAUUCUCGCGGGUGCCCGGUCUCACUCGUGUUCUCGCCGUACGAGCGUCAGCAUACGGUGCAUACGCGGCCAUCAGAAGGGAUUGCGAUGUACUCAAGACGCAGGUUGUGGUCGAGGAUACGAAGCUACUAGCAGAUCUGUUCCCGUUGCUCUCGCUCAAGCAGCUGCUUUACAAAGUCGCUGCAGUCGAGGACGAAACACGGCAUCGGUUCUGGCAAGGCUCGACCAAGACAGAUGGUGUACAAGCACUCAAGCGCGUCGUGCUUGGAAGCAAGGACAUCGAGACGGAUCUGGCGGAAGUAUGCGACAAUAGCCUGGCCGAUAGUACGGCGAAGUAUGAUGCUCUUCUCGCCACCACUACCUCGGACAUCACGAUAACAGUCCAUCGAUUUGUCAUUACUGGCAGGAGCAAGGUCUUGCGACGGGGCUUCCGGGAUCUAUGUCCCACGAGCACGUUCACGAUACCCGAUCUAGCAGUCGCCGAACUGGACAAGGACGGUCGCACGGUCGUCCUGUUUCAAAGUCUGGACAUCUUGACUCUGGUCGAUUUGGCACUCUACCUGUAUACAGACACCAUCAUCGACUUCUGGCACCUGGCUCAACGCAAUCCCAAGAUGAGCUUUCGCUACCGCCAAGUACGGACUGAGCUCAUGAAGGCUGCAGCGAAGCUGGAGCUCAGCAGACUAGAGCCUGCUGUACGGCAGAUGGUCACGCCGAGACCGUGUCUGGAUUGGGACUUCGAGGUCGCGUAUGCCGACCCUGCCUUCUUCUAUGAUGGCGAUGUAAUGGUCCAGCUUGAGGAUGAUGAGAUACGUGUACACAGUGCUAUGCUUCGCGCACGUUGUCCAUUCUUCGAGGGCAUGUUCAUGGGUCGUGCUGGCGGUCGAUGGCUUGCGGGACGCGAGGCGGAAGAGGCGGUCAAUGUCGACUUGACGCAUAUCAGCUCAAAAACGUUCAUGUUGGUGCUACGCCACAUAUAUGCUGAUACCGGCUCGGAACUCUUCGACGAUAUUGUCAGUGUUGGACUGGACGACUUUCUGGAUGCCGUGAUGGAUGUCAUGAGCGCGGCCAAUGAGCUCAUGCUGGAUAGACUGUCGCAGAUCUGCCAGGCAGUCGUCGGACAGUAUGUCAACGCACGCAAUGUCAGCGAGCUACUCAAUGCGAUCUCGCCUAGCUCGGUGCGUGAAUUCAAGGAUGCCGCUCUGGAAUACAUGUGCUUGAACAUGGAAGCUAUGCUGCAGGGACAUCAUCUCAAUGCACUAGACGAGGAUUUGCUUAUCGAGCUCGACGAGGUGGUCAAAGAGAAUCAAUUGGCUUGCAUGCCCUUCGCAAAAAGUGGUCGGGCGGAGCUUAUGCUGCAUGAACGCCAUCCUGGGCUUGCAGAAAUAGUCGAACGCAACCGGCAGCGCAAAAUCGACAAUGUCACUGUACGCUCAAGACAUUACGAGAUCGACAGUUUCGUGCUUGGGUCGCUUGGUGAUGAGAUCCGAGCCUCGCCCAUGGCACAAAAAGCACGCAGACGUUCAUCGACCGCGCAGAGGAUGGACACCGACAGGCCCUCUCUCAAAGCAAAGGCAUCGACGAAAGAUAUGAUGUUCGUUAUGGACGAAGAGGGCUCAUCUGAUAUUGGCACGCCCGAACAGUCUCCCGCUAUACGACCGAUGACUAGUCCUCGUGGUCUCGAACCUAUUCCUUCGAGUCCGCCAGAGGAUGUAUGGUUCGAUUCGAAGGGUAAAGUGCUGCCCUCCCCGAAGCUGGGUCCGCAGGUCUCGACAUCUGGAGCAGCUACGCCUCGUACGCCUAAGUCACCCGCGUUUGGCGGCAAGACACCACCAAGCACUGGUGUGGCGCCUUGGACUCUUACACCCCUACCAGGUCCAAGAACAGAUAUGCGGGAUAUCAUGGCGCAGACUUUUACCGGUCGGACAUCUUCACUAUCACAGGAGCUGGCUGCUUCGCGACCUCCGUUGCCUGCUACACCAAGCUCGUUCACACUCGGCGCAGCGAAGAUAUCACAGAAAGAGCGCAAGCGUAUGCAGCAAUCUGCACUCUCACCAGAGCCCGUACCUGCUCCCUCGGCACGAGGACCGAUUACUAGCCAGUCUCCAGCAGCCAAUCCAUGGCAGACCAUUUCUGCGCAGCGGUCUCCUGCUUUACGACCAGUCCCUAACGAUCAAGUGCCGGGUCCAGGGUCGAGACCACCGACAACUCGGGCCACGGGCACGCCGCAGCUCACCAUGCGCCAGACAGUCGCCAACACCAAGCCUGGCCAGCUGCCACAAAAGCCAGUCAUUGGGCCAUCAGGUCAGUGUGCUUUACAACCACGCAGCGUCUCCGGAAACAAGCCCAGCACCCUGCCAGAAACCAACAGACCCGCGCCCAUAACACCAAACAACCAGCUAGACCCCCUCCCCUCAGCCUCCUCCGCAAAUACCAAACCCAUACCCCAGUCAAUCCGCCACCAACCACCAUCGGAACAAAUUCUCGGCCUCUCUAUGUCAGAGAUCGUCGCCGCAGAACAAGCGGUCAAAGAUGACAUCAAAGCUGCGGUCGCCAAGCGCGAUCUCCAGGAGAUUCAGGCCGAGCAAGAAUUUCAGGAAUGGUGGGAUAAGGAGGUCAAGAGGGUGCAAGAGGAGGAGCAGAAGGCCUCCGGUGUUGGUGGAGGAGUGAAAGGUGCUGAUGGGAAGAGGAGACGUGGUGGUGGGGGUGGUGUUAAAGCUGUGAGAGGUGGGAGGGGUGGGAAGGGGAGAGGUGGUGGUAGUGCUGCGGGUGCUGAGCCAGGCGGUACGGAAUAA